ACCCGAGGAGACUAUAAAAGUGGUCUCAUGCCCGCUGCAGUGAGGGCUCGGCUCCAUACGCGCACACACACACACACACACACGCACUGUCAGACGGACGGAGGUAGUCAGAGUAGAUAGAGAGAGCAGGACUACACAUUUAACGACACCCACACACGUUUAUAUUUUAAUGUCGGCUCUCUUACAUAGGUAGACACAAACGAGAAGCGGGAGUUUAUGGGGCGGCAAUUUUCUUUAGUUCACUCAGGAUUUUAAGAGCAGGCUAUUUUACUCUCAAACGAGUGUCAGACAUCGUUUUAACACUCCACAGAAGUGCAUGUUUGCUACUUUUAGGAUGCGCGUCUUCCUCAGCAGACCCGGUGCUGUUUGACACAUUCCCCCCACCGAGCUGGAUCCACUAACCCGUGUGUUUUCUCACUGGGGGAAGUUGGGCUCAUUUCAACUUUUCUGGCCGUACUUUUGAUGCCACGGAAAUGGGACCGCGCCAACUGGAGAGCGUGUCCGCGCUUUUUAGAAAAAGUUUGCUGUGGAUUGUGCUGCUGCUCUGGCUGACCACGUUUGUUGACGGGACCUGGAAGACGGGACUUUACAAGACCUACUCAGCCGGGACGCAGACAGCAACCUCUCACACCUCAGUCUAUCAGAAAAGGAACUGGUGUCCUCAUACGGUCACGAAGACAGUGACUUGCCAGGUGCAGAAUGGGACAAUCCUGCAGCGAGUCUACCAGACGUGCCGCUGGCCACAGGGAUGCACAGGAGGCAGCUACAGGACCGUGGUCAGACCUUCCUAUAAAGUAGUGUAUCGCACUGUGACCUCUCUGGAGUGGAAGUGCUGCCCAGGAUUCAGCGGUGCUGCCUGUGAAGAAGAUGCAGGGAACCAGCUGGUAGCUCAAGAGGCAGUGAGGAAACCAUCCACGCUACGCCGGCCACCUGCACGCACAGGAGAGCCAACCUCUAAUUGUCUCAACUGCAGUCGAAUCACAGCGCUGACCGACAGGCUGAGCUCGCUGGAGGCAAAGGUCCAAUUACUCAAUGCUCCAGCCUCCAUAUCACAUCGCCACCUUCAGGGUAAAGGAGGAACUGCACCAGAGGCCUCAUUACUGAUGGGGGCUGUGCCCGCUCAAGGAGCUCCUGGUGAGCAGGGACCUGCAGGUCCUCAGGGUGAAAAGGGGAGAGAUGGGCUUCCUGGCAGAGAAGGAAAGCCAGGGUCUCGAGGGCUGCCAGGUCCUGCUGGGCCUCGGGGGGAUUCUGGGUCGAGGGGCCCAUCUGGAACUCCUGGAUCCAAGGGAUCUGCAGGACCUGCAGGCCCCCGUGGUCCACCAGGACUCCCAGGAGAGAGGGGUCUACCAGGCCCGCCUGGUCCUCCAGGGCCUCCAGCUCCAGCCAGUGCCCACAUCCCAGAACCAGACCACAGUCGUGGAAAAGAUCCCUUCUUCAGCAACACUUUCCAUGACUCACGAGGGGUGCCUGUUCCAGGACCUCAGGGUCCUCCUGGACCAAUUGGUCCACCAGGUCCCAAAGGCCCAGUAGGACCUCCCGGCCCUUCAGGACAGAAUGGGAAACCUGGAGCCCCUGGAACGCAGGGCCCUGUGGGGCCGAAGGGAGAGCGUGGGGAGAGAGGUCCUUUAGGCUACCCAGGAGAGAGGGGCUUCAGAGGCGAGCCGGGAGCACCGGGUCCAAAGGGAGAUCCAGGAGAGAAGGGCUUGCCGGACAUUAGCUUGCAGAUGUUCCACGACUUGCAGGCAGACCUUGAGCUUCUGGCUCGCAGGGUGACGCUGCUGGAGGCUAUCAUCUGGCCAGAGCCUGAUCUAGGGUCUGGGGAUGGACCGUUUGGCACAGCCUCCCCUAGUUUCUACAGAGAUAAGCGAGCAGGUGCGCUUCCAUAUCGACUUGCUUCUCCUCUGUCCUCCAACACCAAGGUUCGAGGGAAGUAGCCCCCCUUCCCCUGCUCACCCUGAGGAUCACAGGCUGGGUUGACUCCCCCACCUAUAGGUCUCAUCGGCACUCAACAGAUUUAGACCUUAUCUGACACCCGCUCUGGGCUUUGCGUCAGAUUUAGGAUGGGGGACACCUCAGGGAAACUCCACUGUUACUCCACAAUGCCCUCCUCCAUCGGGAACCUGAGAACUAGUUUGACCCCCACCCAUUGCCAUAACCAAACACUUGUCUGUACAUAACACACCCAGCAGCCCCUCCUGUGUCUUAUUUCUCUGGCUGCAGCAGUGAAGCCUCAGAAUAAAGAUGUGUAAUGUUUGAAAAAAAGUAAAA